AUGGCCAUUGAUGAUAUCUCACCACAGCUUUUCAAGUACAGAUAUCAUUUUGGCAUAGCAAUCUUCGUUUCAUUAAUAUGUUCCUUGCUUCUGUAUGCAGCCCCUCGGCUUCUAUCCAUUUUGGGUUACUUUUGGCCUCUCUUUGCCUCCACAACUCUCUUCUUGGUGGCAGUAAUCGCCUUUGGUGGCGUUUCUCAGCUGUCAACAGAAACACAUGGUGAAACACAAGGUCAAGGAAUCAUUGAUUAUGUUGCUGGCAGGCCAGAACACACAAAUUAG